AUGGAGAUCGUCCCCCCCUCCUACACCGGCGACCCCAACGCGGCGCGCUGCUCGGAGAGCGCGUUCAAGUACGGGUUCUACUGCUUCAACGCCGCGGUCGCCUACGAUCGCAUCGGCAUGAAAAAUCUCAUGGACUUCGGCCACGCCUUCUCGGGCGACACCCUCAUCGCGAUCGCGGAGGAGGUUCGCGCGCGCAGGGACGUGGCGAACGGCGUGGAGCCUAAGAGCAAGAGGGAGAGGCUGGGAGAGUACGCGUACAGGAGGUGGGCGCGCUGGAGGAAGAAGAGGAUGGUGAACAAGCUCUGA